AUGGACGAAUACAUCGAUCUUCGACUACUCACAAAAUACACAGAGCACAAAUCAUCAGUUACAAAAUACACCAAAUCUUCCUCACCGGGAAAAACUCUCUCCGGCAAAACUCGUCCUGACUCAGUGAGAAUCGUUCGUGUCUCUGUAACCGAUCAUUACGCGACAGAUUCAUCAAGCGACGAAGAAGAAGAAGCCCAAAACUUUCUCUUUCCUCGCCGCCGUGUCAAAAAGUUCGUUAACGAGAUCAGAGUCGAACCAGGCUGCAACAACAACAACAUCGCCGGAGUUUCAAUGAAGGAGAAGAAACGAAUCUCCUCCGACGAAACUCAAUCUCCGGCGUCGAGUCGUCACCGUCCUCUCAAAGUCUCCGGUCAAAACGGGAGGAAGUUUCGCGGCGUUAGACAACGACCGUGGGGGAAAUGGGCGGCUGAGAUUAGAGAUCCGGAGCAACGCCGGAGGAUUUGGCUCGGAACUUUCGAGACGGCGGAGGAAGCCGCCGUGGUUUACGAUAACGCCGCUAUUAGACUCCGUGGACCGGACGCUCUCACCAAUUUCUCUAUACCGCCUCAGUCUCAAGAAGAAGAAGAGGAAUCAGAACCGGAAAAACCGGUUAUCGAGACUAAACCGGAAAGCAACAUUACAACAACAACGACUUCAAGCUCUGAAUCAACCGAAGACUUUCAACAUCUCUCGUCUCCUACUUCUGUUCUCAAUCUCCGGUCGGAAGAAACACAACAAACGUUUAUUAAACCAACUAAACCGGAAAUGGGAGUUUCAGAUACACCGUGGUGGCAUACCGGGUUUAGUGGUGGUUCGGGUGAAUCGGACGAUUCAUUUCCGCUGGAUACUCCGUUUCUCGACAACUAUUUCAACGAAUCACCACCGGAGUUUUCGAUAUUUGAUCAACCAAUGGGUCAAGUAUUUUCAGAGAAUGAUGAUAUCUUCAAUGAUGUUAUGUUGUUGGAUGGUGAAAGUAUGGAGAUUGGUGAUGAUUUUGGUUCAAGUAUCAAAGAUAUUGGUUCCAUGUUUAGUGAUUUUGAUGAUUCUUUGAUAUCAGAUCUAUUAGUCGUUUAA